GACGCACAUCACAUCUAUUCCCGCCACAGAAAAGACACACGAUGACAAGCCUCACCUUUCUCUCACUUCUCCUCCUCACCACCGUGGUGUCCACCAUUUCAGCUCAAGGUGGAUUAUCAGACUGCUGUCAUGAAAUUAAAAACACUACAGUCCAUCGAGACCGCCUCAUGGGGUACAUCGAAGUAAGACCGCCAAUAUGUGGACUACACGCGGUGAUAUUUCGAACAGUACUUGGCAAGCGAAUCUGUGCUGACCCCAAAAGGCUGUGGACACUGACCUCUAAGGCCUACCUGGAUGGAAAGAACUAUUAUCGCCGCCAAGCCAAACCUUAGACCUCCGCCACCACAAAGACGACAUUGUCCUUCAUACAAAAACACAGCACAUGAAGGCCACCUAAAUUUGACAUCAGCUUUAUUUCUCCAGAACAAAAGAGUCACAGCUCCCUCUUUCAAGUCAAGUCAAACUUUAACAUAGCACAUUAACUCAGAGCAUCGCAAUGUGCACAAAGUGUGCACCGGCAAGAAAUUUAAAGCGAAUGUAGACCUGCCAUGUGCUUUAUUUAGGGAGAAUGGACGAAAGGUCACUGCAGAAGAGCAAUGCUCUCAGAAUAAAACCAUGAACUAAUUUGAACAUAGCUGCAUUUUUAAGAUGGUAGAGAGCUGAUCUGGUGACAUUGUUAAUGUGACUGUUAAAAUUAAGCCUACAAUAACACCAAGUUCUCUUGCUUGGUCUGCACUUUUGAGAAACUGGUAAUCAAGAUGCAUCUUAAUUGUUUGCUUUGUAUUCUUAGCAUAGACAAUGAUUUAUAAUUGUAAGAACUUGUGGAACGUCAAUUAAUUUAUAGCGUCAACCAACUGAAUUAUAUUGUCUACAGGGCAAAGGUCACUGGGAGAGACAGCUGACUGUAUAAAUUUGUAUAAAUUUGAGUCAUCUGCAUUAUUAUGGUACUGAAUAUUUUAAAUUACAGAUUUUGAGUGUUUUCACAUUGUCUGUACACACCUUACCUCAUUUUGGAGGAAAUAUAUUGAUAUUGAUUAUAUACAGACCUAUAUACCUGCCUUUUUAUGUCUAUGUGCCAAUAAUGUGAUGUUUAUUGGACACUUGGUAAUCAGACUGAAUGUAU